UCAUCAACAUUCAAUAUACAACAAAGAGGACCCCAGUGACAACUAAAAAACUCGUCCUCAAAUCGUUGUUCAACAAGCACAAACAUAAUUAGUACAGGGGCAGUUCGCAAGAACAUGUCGCCUCAAACUUCGUGCCAAAUCAUUUGUCUCUUGAUUGUGGCCUUUGUUUGCCUUCAAUGCCACUGGUUAUGGCGAUCUUGGGUUUCGCCCCAUUUCCAGCCUUCUUACGUUCAAGUGAAGAAGGAAUCGAGCAUGGCGGAUCAGGCGGGUUCUUGGUCCACUGAAGAUUGGGAUGACAUGGGCGAUCUCACUUGGUUUGUUCAAGUUAGCGAUUUGCACAUUUCCCAAUUUAAGGAUCUGUCUCGAGGGUCCGAUUUGAUCGAGCUCUUCAAAUUUGUGGGGCAAGAUGUGAACCCGUUAGCCGUGUUGGUGACGGGUGAUCUGACCGAUGCCAAAGAGGCUGAUCACCAAGGAUCAAGACAAUUCGUGGAGGAAUGGCAAAUGUACCGGCAUAUCUUGAACGCCAGUGACAUCAUAUCAAAGACCACCUACUUAGAUAUCAGGGGGAAUCAUGACAAUUUUGACGUGGCCAAGAAGGAUGAUGAUCUUUAUCAAAAGUAUUCCGAACAGGGUCGGCGACACCAACAUUCGUAUGUGAAGCAUUUAAGACAUGGGCACCAGACUUUUGGAAUCAUGGCGUUGGAUGCCUCGCCUCAUCCUGGAUUGAAACGCCCGUUCAAUUUCUUUGGAACAAUCACGUCUCAGGAAUUGGAGGUCGUGCGUCCUCUCAUGAGGGAAGCGCGUCGAAAUGAGCAUACCCUUUUCAUGGGCCACUAUCCUACUAGUUCCAUUACGGUCCAAGAUAACGUCCUCAUCCGGGACCUACUCGUCAAUAGCGUCUAUCUCUGUGGGCAUUAUCACACAGCCAUCAAUUACAACCGAGAGAUGUUUUCCAGGUUCCCAUCAGGUCUCUUGGAGCUGGAAAUGGGCGAUUGGAAAGACAAUCGCCGAUUUCGCAUCCUGACAUUCGACCACGGUCAUUUCAGCUUUUCCGAUUUCACUUAUGAAUCGAACGGAGGCGCGAUUGUGGCGGCCGUUUUGACCAAUCCCAAGAACCCUUAUGCCUGGCUGGAACAUGAGCGAAAUGGCGAUUUGAAGCAUUCCCAGUUUGUCCGCGUGCUUGUCUUCAGUAAUGAGCCCAUUGCCGAGGUUAUGAUCAAAUUGGAUCGGGGAAGCUUCCAGUCGGCCCACAAGGUGGGAUCAAGUUCUUUAUGGAAAAUGAGAUGGGAUCCCAAACUCUUCACCUCAGGAAUCCAUUCUCUCAAGAUCCAAGUUCUUUUAAGUUCCGGACUCAUCUACGAGCGCGAUGAAGUGUUUUCUCUGGACGGAUCUCAGCCCCAGUUCUCGCUCUUGGCCAGGAUCAUUCUCAUGAAUGAUUGGCUGCCUUUUUCACAAAUCGUGUUCACUCUCUCAGCUUUGUCCGUGAUGAUCAGUCUGGUGGCCAUUCGUUUGGUCCACCAUGUAUGGUGCACACAAGAGGUGGGACGUUGUCGACCGGCUCAAUAUUUCAUAUGCUUACGACCUUGCGUGCACUGGUUACAACGUGUAUGGACACUAACCUCCAUCGACGCUCUAUUUUGGCCUUUGACUCUCUCGGUAUUGUACAUUUGCGUUGGGCCUUUGACCUUGGCCCAAGUAAUGAGCUCGGCUCAAGCGGUCAUUUUUGUUUGGGGCAUGUUGUUAUUAGAUGGAACCUAUCUUCCUCCAGACACGGUCUACAUUUAUGCAUUCCUAACCCUAGUGGUUCACAUGGCUUUCAUUAAUAGUGCCGCCAAUGCCGUUCAUCGACGUCGGGUGAAUUUGUCACGCCACGACAAAGAUGCAGACUCCAUGCUCGUGUUUAUUUGGCAUCACAGUGGAUUUGCACUGAUUGCGCUGUUAGUCCUUGUGAAUUUACAUUCACUACGAACCACCUAUGGCACCAUGGCCAUUUUCAGCCCCAUCGGAUUGGGCAGGCUCGGGCUCUAUGUCUGGAUUUAUUGCAUGAAAAUCCCGUCACUACAAAAUCAUCACCUCCGAGAAGUGUCGAGAGUCUGGUCCACCUAAGCAUAAUGUUUUUAUUGUCAUCGAUCUUCCAUACAAUCUUGUGCGAUAUAAAUUAUGAAAGUACUUCUCGACUGAA